AUGGAGCUCGGUCUCUCCAUCGUGCCCCCCGACGCAAAAGCGGAGCACACGCAUACCAUCAUAUUCCUUCACCGACGAGGCGACACCGGGCGCGCUAUGGCCGACUCGCUGUUCUGGUCGCGAGACUCAUCGCACAGACAUCUAAAGAACAUAUUCCCCUCGGUGCGCUGGGUAUUUCCACAAGCCGAUAUUCUGUACUGCGAAAGAUGGGACCAGGAUUUGUCCCAAUGGUUUGACAUCUGGAAUAUCCUCGAUUUCUCGGACCGGGAGGAACUUCAGGCACCGGGAUUGCGCGAAAGCGUGAUGAGCAUAAGGAAACUCGUGCACAGGGAGGCGGAGCUGGUCGGGGGGCUGGACAAGAUUGUCCUGGCGGGGAUCAGUCAGGGAGCCGCGACGGCGAUUCAUACCAUGCUGAACUUGGAUAUCCCACCAUCGGAAAAGGGAAGGUUCAAUGGAAAGAAAUCGUCGUCGGCGCGGCUGGCUGCCUUCAUGGGAUUCGGCUGUCGCCUUCCUUUCCCGGGCGGAACGCUAGAGGAGACGCGGGAGGUUCUGGUAUUGGACGGCGAGCCGAGUGAUGAUAUUGUCCGGAACACGCCGGUCUUCCUGGGACAUUGCACCAACGAUCCCCUCAUAUUCGUCGAGCUUGGAAGACAGCUGCACGACUCUCUGGUAAAAUUUGGCUUUCAGGUUUCCUGGCAUGAAUAUCCCGACGGGGGGAAUUGGAUUAACUCGCCGUGGGGCAUGGACGACGUCGUGAAGUUCCUCAAAGCUCAAGGAGUAAGAGCAGUACCAGCUCCUGACCCGUUCGCGGUUCGUCUCUCAAAUAUUUGA